AUGGCUGAAGAAAUUACCAAGUUGAGUCAAGAAGAAAUGGACGUAGUGAUAUACGAUUCCAGAGUUGGUGAUUUGGAAACAUUGAAGGAAAUAUUUGAUCUUGAAAAGUUAAUUACUCCAAAGACAUUGACAGUUAUAAAAGAUGAUAUCACAUCAAGUACACCAUUACAUAUGGCUGCUGCAAAUGGUCAUUUGGAUGUAGUUAAAUAUUUAUUACUGUUGGUUGAUAAAGAUGAUGUCAAAGAAUUUCUUGAAGCCAAGAAUGAUAAUGGAAAUACUGCCUUGCAUUGGGCCUCAUACAAUGGCCACUUGGAGGUCGUUCAAUAUUUGGUGGAAGAAUUCGAGGCUGAUCCUUUUAUUAAGAAUAAUUCAGGUCAUGAUUCUAUUUUCGAGGCCGAACUGAAUGGGAAAACUGAAGUUGAAAACUGGUAUUUGAAGAAAUUUACCCCAGAAGAUGCAUUUGAUGUUGAAGAAAAUGAAGCUGAAGGAACCACAAAGAUCACUUAUCAACCUGGUAAAGAAAGUAAACUAGCUGAUGAACAGGCUAGAGAUGCUGUGUUUAAGUCAAGUAUAGAGAAAGACAGUAGUGCUGAUUUGGAGGAGAAAACAGCAGAAUUGGAUAUAAAUAAAGAUUAG